AUGUCAGCACAAAGGAUUGCUCAUUCUCUCUCCCCGCCGUUGGGAUUUGACAUCCAGCCCACUGCCCACGCCCCCGAAAAUAGAAUCUUCUCAACUCACCGCUCACUCCUAUUUAUGAAUCAUUUUUGAGAGUUGAGAUUCGUGCGAAAAGUGUGUGAUUAUAAGAAAUCAUGAUACUGGUGGCGCUACUGACGGAGUUUCUGGAGGAGUACACGGUGUUGCUGGCCAGAGUGUUGGAGCACGUAUUCCACCGGGCGCCGCUGCCUUUUCCUCGGCGAGUUCGCUUUCUCAUCCUCAGACAUCUCUCUUUUGCUUCUUCUCCUUCCACUUCCAGGUUCAUCAGAGCUUCUUCUGCAUAGCCGCUUAGUUACUAUUGUACAAAGAUUUUCUGAUUAAUUCUCCCUUGUUCUUUCGUCGUCUGUGUAUUUUUAGAUUUCGACUUGUACCUAUGGUAUCUGAGUUUACUUUAUCUUUUUAGAGUAGAUCAAUCGAGCUACAAUAAUUAUAUGAAUAAUGCUAUGCAGCCUGGGUAUCAGUGAUGACAGAUUUAAUUGA